GUGUUUUGCUGAAGACAUUGAUAGAAUAUUUUAAAUUAAUUAUUCUGUCGCUUUCUGACAAAAAAGAGAUGAUCAUCGUUGAUGCUUCUAGAUAAAUCCAUCAGUUACAGUUUGACAUUCGGGUGACAAGAUGCAUAAAAUUGUCAGUUUAUUGUUUGGCUUUUCUGCUGUGGUCAUCUUCAUUUUACAGCUACAUGUUAAUGGAGUAUGUGCAAGAUAUAUGGAAAUUAAGCAACCACUUGACGUACAAUUGGGAUAUAAUGUUGAGAUUACACUACUUCCACCUGAAGAUCCGUCAAAAACUAAAUUUGUUCAUGGAGAUGUAAGAUGUGAUUUAAUGGACAAUAUACCUUAUGCAGACGCAUUGCCUCAUUUCAGUAUCACAACAAAAAUAUCACGAGUCAAUCCUGUUAGUGUAAAUAAAACCGGAUCUUGGUAUCUCGCUGAUGAUCAUCCUUUAACAUUUUACAAAUGCACCACACAGAAUAUCAGUUUCUUCCGAAUAAGAGCAAUAUAUUCCAGUACAGAAACAGUGUUAAGUGCUACUUACCCAGAUGAUGAAGGAGUAGAAGUGAAGGAAGUGAGAGUAUCAGCUUUUCAAGCAUUCAUGGCUGGGAGCACAGUCCAAAUAACAUUCAAAUACUACAGAUCAUUGGAGAAUAAUGCAAAAGACGAAGUCAAACUAGCCAAUGGCACGGAUGUGACGAUAGUCACUAGGAAUCCAUUCAACGCAGUAAAAAACUUCGUCAAAGGCCUUAUGAAGAAACAUAAGUGAUCUGGGGCACAUUCGUGAAUUCACAAUUAUUCCAUUCAUGAGUUUUGAACUUUCAAGUUAUUAAUAUAUAAUAGAAUACAGUAUAUAUUUUAAACACUAAUUAUUAUUACAGAAAAAUUCAGGGUAAAAUUGAAAUAUAAUACAAUUUACGAAUGAUAGAUGAUUGGAAAUUAAAUUUGUGAGAUUUAAGUGCUAUUAAAAUAUUGUUGGAUGAAAAAGAAAUGGUGUAAAUUAUUGUGCCAGGUAACUGUAAUAUCACUCUAACCGAAACAUGGUCAGAACUUACCUAAACCGAAACAUCGCCGGUCUCACAGACCGGGUCUUGCUUAAAGUGUUAUAUUUGAUAUAUUUUAUACUAAAUACCGUAUGAAUUUAAAUAUUUUCAAUUGGUAAAUUUCAAUUAUAGUAAAGUAUUUUUUUUAUUGUAAUUUGACUGCAAUCCAACACUUUGGUUAAUGAACAGUUCAAUUCUAGCUUAAAUUAAUAAGUAAAAGUUUGACAUUAAAGGGUUAUUCACUCCUUGACAGUCUAAGUGAGCAAUGCCCAUGCACUGUUUCUUUCAGAAUCACUCUUACUACAUUUAAACGAGAUCUGUAGGCUUCUUCCUUUCCAGUCUUCUCACUGUAUUAGAGUUGUCUAUGAGGUGUAGAGCUUGAAUGUUUUGAUGAUUAUGUAAAUAUUUUCAAUUGAUAAAUUUCAAUUAUAGUAAAGUAUAAUGUAGAUUUCAGUUGCAAAUUAAGUGAUGGAAGUAUAGAAAAAAAAUUGGAAACAUCGAUAUGUAAUAAAUGUAUAAUGUUGGAUGUAAGAAAACACUCAAUACAAAAAUCCGUGUGAGGUAUAGUAUCAGUUACUACUCAGAACAAUAAUCAUGGAGAAAUAUUUUAUCAAUAUAGGCUUUAUAGCAAAACUGAAAGGUAAUCAUUGAAAAUAAUAAUGAUUUUCAUUGUUACCAAGAAACUUAAUGAUUGAGCAAACGUUUUCAGCCUCCAGUUAUUUUAUUAGCAAGAAAAGUUCAUAAAUAACUAACUAUAGUGGUCGGAAUCAUUUAUUUCGUCAAGUGAAUGUUUAUUUUGUGACACUUCAUUGUGAAGCAUCCUAUUGAUAAAAGUUCCAAAGGCUGGAGGUUGUAUGGUUGAUAACUCAUCCAUUGUCAUCAAUUUUCCUAAACCAACAUUCUCUAAAUUACAAAAAUUUCAAAUAAAACAUAUCAAUAAAAUACCAAAAUAACGAAGAGAAAAACAUUUAGGAAAAAUUGAAUGCUCAAAAUAUCUGUUAGUCGAAACAUCCGGUCCGGUAUUCUAGACUGGUAAAACAUAAACGUUAUCCGAAAGAUCCGGUAGCUGAGACCGGUACGUUUCCAAUAGAUUGAUGUUUACUUGAUAACCGUGAGUUGGGGACUGACGAGCAUUGUUGGAGAAUGUUGAGGAAUAGUGAGGGAGAAGGUAUUUGAGCGGGCAGCAAUUUUUGAUUCACAAUUUUGCCACUAUAGAAAAAAUAAUUUUGCCUCUGGUCUCACAGACCGUUGUUUCGGUUAAAGUGAUAUAGUUCAUGCAAUCCCUCUCCAUAAUGGCAGUUUUUUAGAAUCGACAUAGAGUGUAGGAGACCCAUAAUAAUAAAUAAGAGGACGAAUGUUUAUGAUUUGAAGGUAAUUCAUCAAAACAUGGAUGGUCUGUUCCAUGGGAUUAAUAUUUUAGAAAUUUUGAUUGAAGAUGAAAGUCCUGAUGUUUUGCACAUAACUGAAGAUGUGUUGAAAUGAAUUUUAUGAAAUUUAAAAAUAUGACUCUGUCCUGUAGCUAUUGUAGGUGUGGUUUGAGAAAAAGGGGGGGUUGCUAUCCUUAUCAAGAACGCUUUGCUGGGCCUGGUCUUAUUGGGAGACAGAUUGACGGUGAUGGGUGGCAUUGAGAUGUGCGGUGUGAAGUUGGAUUUCUGAGAAAAACUUGGAUUUCUUAAUUUGUGGUGUAUAAACCUCCUAGUGGAGAUAUUUACUUGUUUUUUGAUAAAUUCUCUCUAUUGACUGAACGGAUAACUCAUAACUGUAAGACUGGAAAGUAGAAUUAUUUUAGCAGGUAAUUUCAACAUUAAAUAUCGGGGGACCGAGCUUCGCUCUGGAGGACAUAAUCUUAGAAAAUUUAUUACGAAAGAGGAGAUAAUAAUAUUUAUAGUUCAUACAGAAAGGUUCUAUCUUUAUAUUUAUAUUCAGCUGUUCUUAGUGAGAAUUUGUGUGUAUUUUUGGCUUCAAAAUUCAUAAAAUAACUCAUCAAUUAAUACAAUGUGCAGUGUAAUAUUUAACUAUAAUUUGGUGUUUUAAUUUUUCUAAAUUUAAAAUUUGCAUCUCAUAUUCAUUUUUGGACGAAAGUUGAGCUUGAACUUCUUACAGAAGAAACAUAACCUAUUUUUUGGACAUGUAAACAAAAUUUGGGAAUGGAAUAGUUUUGGGCCAAACCUGUUGUUCCUUCCCAAUCAUAUUUAUAUGAUUUGUUAUUGUAUCCACGUAUAAAUAAGUAAAUAAAUAUUGAAGGUUCUAUUCACGCAUGCGCGUGAAAGGUUGUCUAACCUCAAACAGGACCGGAAUAGAGCUGUCACCUUGGAAAUGGUAGCAAAAUCAGACUUUUAGCCAUUUUUAGGGAAAAAUUAAUUUCAAGUAAUAAUUGAAACAAUAUCCAAGUAUUACUCAAGUGAAGUAAGUUUCAAGUAAAGUACAUGAAAAAGGACCAGACAUAAUCAACAGAACAGUGAAACUUCGAAUCAUGAUCAACACAAAAAAAUGAAUACUGUAAUUCUCAGGCUGGAACGUUCUCAGCACCUACCUUUCGUGGUUCGAAGCCCACACAAAAUUGUGGACUCAUGCUGCAAGUACCUGUAACGAUCUCCCCACAUUGCAUGAAAAAAUACCCUUAAAUCUGAAAUUUUGAUGAAAUUGAAAGAAAUCAAGAUCAUAGUCAAUAUUCAUGGAGCUGAUGGCUCAGAGUCCCUUAAUUGAUGACUGAAUAUCGCAAAAUGAAUUUGAGUUUUUCAAUAACAGAAGAAAGCACUUCAAUUUAAAAUAAUUAUCAUCAUCAAUAUCAAUGAAGCUGAACCCCUUAACAAAUUUAUAAAUAUAACUGAUUCAAUUUACGAAUAAAGAAGAAAACACUUCAAUUUACAAUGAUAAAUGUUACUACCUAUCACAGACGUGUAGGAUAGAAAAAUGUUUAAUUCCCUAUCAAUAAUAGGAGAAUAGACCUCGCAUUUUUAUAGCACCUAGGAGAAAAUUGUAUUCAAUUAAAUUCUUGAAUGCUAAGACUGAGCUGGAAUAAACUUUCAAUGUACAAAUUAUAAAUAUCUUCAUCUUAGAUAAAUUAAUGAAUUACAUAUAAGUAUCAAGAUAGAUUUUCAUCGAAAUAUAAAAUAUUGAUUUUAUAAAAAUGAUUGAAUUGAGGAAUAGCUCAGUUACAAAAUAUUUUGAGCUCAAAAAGAAUUGAAUAUUGAAAUAAUAAUCAUUUAGUUUCAAAAUCUUAUAAGAGUUUCAAGGAAUUGAAUGUUGAAAUAAAUAUUAUCUAAUAAUGAUUAUUAUGUUUCAAAAUCUUUGAUAAUAUACAAUUAUUCUAACUCAUUGCAAGAGUUAAAUUAUUAUUA